UUUUGUUUUUCCCAAACCCCAAGAACCCAAAAACAUAAAAUAUCAAUCAAAAUCAUUAAAAUCACAAAACUCAAAUUAAAUUCCUCAAAUACCCUCCCCAUUCCAACAAAAUUACACUCCUUGACCUCAAAAGAAACCGAGUGACUAGACUGAGUCUGACCAAACAAAAACAACAGAACACAGUUCACAGACUCAGUAGUAGCUCCAUGAAAGUCAUUUAACUCAGUCAGUACUUUGUUAUAAUUAUAAUUAUAAUUAUUACCACCUCAUGCAAUUGCACAAACCCCAAGAUUCUCAGACCACUUAUAGAAUUCUUCACUGUACUGUCCUUUUUCCGGAAAUUUUUUCAUUUCUCCAGGUCCACUUGCAUUUCUGUCAGUUUCUUUUGAUCAUAGUAAUAAUUAUAGAAUUGUUUUUAACUCUGUUCUUCAUCAACCAUCGCUUUAAUUCUGCUUUUUAACCAUACCCAGAAGUUUUUUUGCAGAGAUCCUCUUAGUUGAUCAAUAAUGAAGAGAAAGCGCUUAGAUGAAUCCGACCAUCCGUUUGAUGCGUAUGCUUUUGAGGCCUUAUGCUGUGGCUCGUGGCAGAAUGUGGAGUUUCUAGAGAUUAGAGAUGGGGGUUUAACUUUUCAUUUUGCCGAUAGUCGUUAUGCGAUUGACAGGAAGGAUCCUUACUCUGACUUUCGUCUAAGGUCAAGGAAAGCAACAAUAUCUGAUUGCACUUGCUUUUUGAGGCGUGGGAUUGAUAUUUGUGUUCUUUCAUCUACCGAGGAUGAAGAACAUUUGGAAAAUUCAGAGGUGUGGACUGAUGCUAGAAUAAAUUCUAUUGAAAGGAAGCCUCAUGAACCGAAUUGUGAAUGCAAGAUUUUUAUUAAACGCCAUAUUAACCAAGGACCUCUCGGGUCAGAGAGAGUAAAACUUAGCAAAGACAUUGAAGAAGUAGGAAUAGACCGAAUUCGCCUCCUCCAGAGGCUCGAUAAACCUCCUUGUGAAGGCGAGUUCUACCGAUGGCAGUUCUCUCAAGACUGUUCUAAUGUACAAAGAACUAAACUGUUUAUCGGGAAGUUCUGCUCUGACAUUACGUGGUUACUUGUGGCAUCUGUUUUUGCACAAUUUGCAUUUGAUGUGAGAUCCGUUCAAAAUAAAAUCGUAUAUCAAAUUUUGGGUAAUGAUGAAAAUUGCUCGUCGUUAAAAUCAAACAAUCAGUUGAAGGCCUUAAGUUUCAGAGUAGAGAAUGAUAUUUUAACACCGCUUGUUCUUCAUUUUUCUCCUGAUGAGGUAAGUAAGCUUGAACCGGUUUCUGACAUCCAUGGAGAGGAUUCAGAUGAACUAUAUAGUGUUACGAACUUGCGGCGAUCUAAGCGUCGAAAUGUCCAACCAGAUCGUUUUCUUGGCUGUGAUCUUCCUGCCGAUGUGGGAUGGGUCCGAUGUAUGCCAUACACGCCAGACAAAUGGAAGGAAGAGGAAAUGUUCUUACCACUGUCAUUACUAUUUGGUCAAAAUGCAGAUUCAUCCCCAGAGCAAACAGAGGAAGAAAUUGAAGAACCUGACGACAUUCCUCUAUCCAAAUUCAAGAAGAAAUCAAGUAAGGUUAAUCGGAGGGAACCGAAAAAUAAACUUGCUAUAGUUCCUGUUCCUGCUGAAAGUGAUCCUGAACCUUCAGAAGAACUGAAUUCACCAGAAAAGUCUUCCAGAGGCAAUUUACGAAAGACCAUUGAUGAUAACUCAUUUGAUUAUUAUAGAACAAGAAGUUCCCCAGCAGCACGAAAAAUUAGUAGUUAUAUGUUAGAUGGUAUGGUUGUUGAAACUACCAAAUGGAGGGGAAGACCGCCAAAGACGAAAUUUCCAAACUGGAGCUACCGUCGUUCUGCACCUCUAAAGAGGAAUGAUUUCGGUGAGCCACUGAGAUAUAGGAAGACAACAUUAAGUGCAGGUGCAUACAAUAAACUCAUAAGAUCGUACAUGAAGAAUAUUGAUUCCACGAUCUCAUCAAAGGAGGAAACACAAGUCAUUGAUCAAUGGGAGGAAUUUAAAGCAAAGAGUCGUUCGAACCAAACAGAGAAAACGGAGCCGUCGCCAACUGAAGAUGAGGAUGAAGAAUCUGAAACUGAAAUGUUGUGGAAAGAAAUGGAAUUAUGUUUGGCAUCAACUUAUCUUCUUGAUGAACAUGAUGAGGUUCGAAUUUCGACUGAGAACAUGCAAAAUUCAGAUGAGAAUUGCGAGCAUGAAUUCAAGCUGGAUGAAGAAAUUGGGAUAUUAUGCCACUUAUGCGGCUUUGUGAGCACUGAAGUAAAAUUUGUUUCUGCACCAUUUGCGGAAAAUGUAGGCUGGGCUGCGGAAAGGAGGUCAUUCACCGAGGAAGAUUCAGUUAAGCCAACCCAAGAUGAUGGCUUAAAUAUUUUUGACAAGUUUGUGUCUGUCGGUGAAGAUGUGUCUUUGCCAGAAGAUAAUAAUACUGCAUGGGCUUUAAUCCCAGAUCUUAGGAUGAAGUUACAUGUGCACCAGAAAAAAGCUUUCGAGUUCUUGUGGAAAAAUGUUGCCGGGUCUAUUAUUCCUGCAGAAAUGGAGAAUACAUCGAAAAAAAUAGGUGGCUGUGUCGUGUCUCAUACUCCCGGAGCUGGGAAAACUUUUCUCAUUAUUGCGUUCCUGACUAGCUACUUGAAGUUGUUUCCGGGAAAACGACCUUUAGUCCUUGCGCCGAAGACAACACUCUAUACAUGGUACAAGGAGUUUAUUAAGUGGAAAAUUCCAGUUCCGGUUCAUCUAAUACACGGCCGCAAAUCCUAUCAUAACUUCAGGGAUAAGACGGUGGCAUUUCGAGGAGGUCCAAAACCCAGUCAAGAUGUUAUGCAUGUUUUGGACUGCUUGGAGAAAAUUCAGAAGUGGCAUGCACAACCAAGUGUUCUGGUUAUGGGUUAUACUUCAUUUCUGACAUUGAUGCGUGAAGAUUCAAAGUUUGAUCACAGAAUAUAUUUAGCUAAAGUGUUGAGGGAAAGUCCGGGGCUCUUGAUAUUAGACGAAGGACACAACCCGAGAAGUACGAAAUCAAGGUUAAGGAAGGUCUUGAUGAAAGUUCAAACUGAUCUUAGAAUAUUACUUUCUGGUACGGUGUUUCAGAAUAAUUUCUGUGAGUAUUUCAACACCCUUUGUCUGGCAAGACCAAAAUUUAUUAGAGAAGUUCUGAAGGCGUUGGACCCGAAAUUUAAGCGAAAAAAGAAAGGGGAGGAGAAGGCUCGUCAUUUGCUAGAAUCUCGAGCAAGGAAAUUUUUCUUAGAUAACAUAGCAAGAAAAAUCGAUAAUACGGAUGAUCCUGACGAAAGAAUGGAGGGAAUAAAUAUGCUCAGAAAAAUCACUAGUGGGUUCAUUGAUGUGUAUGAAGGUGGACCUGCCGAUGGUCUUCCGGGUUUACAAAUCUACACCAUAUUGAUGAAUUCAACAGAUAUCCAACAUGAGAUUUUGGUGAAACUUCACAAGAUUAUGGCUACAUAUCACGGAUACCCGUUAGAACUCGAGCUUUUGAUAACACUUGCAGCUAUACAUCCGUGGCUUAUCAAAACUUCCAACUGUGUGAACAAAUUCUUUUCUGGUGAUGAAUUGGAUCAAAUUGAGAAGCUCAAGUAUGAUUUCAAGAAAGGGUCGAAAGUGAUGUUUGUCUUGAAUCUCGUGUACCGUAUAGUCAAAAAGGAGAAAGUUCUGAUCUUUUGCCACAACAUUGCGCCCAUUAAUACAUUUGUUGGCUUAUUUGAGAACGUCUUUCGGUGGCAAAAGGGUAGAGAAAUUAUGGUCCUGACAGGGGAUCUAGAGCUGUUUGAACGAGGAAAAAUUAUUGACAAGUUUGAGGAACCCGGGAGUCCUUCAAGAGUACUUCUUGCAUCGAUCACAGCUUGCGCUGAAGGGAUUAGUUUGACAGCAGCUUCAAGAGUAAUCUUGUUGGAUUCCGAGUGGAAUCCUUCCAAGACGAAACAGGCUAUUGCGAGGGCCUUCCGUCCCGGCCAACAAAAAGUGGUCUAUGUUUAUCAGCUCCUCGCAACCGGUACACUUGAAGAAGACAAGUAUAGCAGAACAACAUGGAAGGAGUGGGUGUCUAGCAUGAUAUUCAGCGAGGCAUUUGUCGAGGAUCCUUCUCGUUGGCAAGCCGAAAAAAUUGAAGAUGAUGUGUUAAGAGAAAUGGUGGAGGAAGAUCGCGUUAAGUCUUUCCAUAUGAUAAUGAAGAACGAGAAGGCUUCAACAGGAUGAUUGAAUUCUUCGCUUUUCAAUCAAAACAUAUGUCUGCUUAGGUUUGCUGGAAACUGGAAGAUUUUAAUAAUUGCAGCAAUGUAACUGAAUAGCAUAAUAUUAUGCUGAGUCGGGCCAUAAAUUUUUUCGAAGUAAGCUCUCUGUCCAGCUCUUUUUCCCCCUUCAACUCUCUGAAAAAUAACUAUUAAUAACUUAAUUGUACUUGAAUAAACCAUGUUUAAUCAUUAUUUAUUAGUUUUUAGUAGCAAAAUUUUGUUCAUUGUCUUACUCAAGCCUGCCUUUAUCAUAAAGUUUGUCAUUCAUUUGGUAAAGUAUAGUAGAUAAGAUCUCAUUAUUAUU